AUGCGUGUCUCAUUUGUUGCUCUUGCUUGCGCCACCGGCGCCCUGGCUGCGCCGCUGAUCCAGCGCUGCAACCUCUGCACCAUCGUCGGCUCGACCACGCUGCCGGCCGAGACGCUCGACGCGGCCAACGCGCUGGCCAACACGGUCACGUGCUCGACGACGACGACCAUUGGCACCGUGCCGGACGCCAUCUCGGGCGACGUCAAGUUCAGCAGCAUCAAUUUUGCUGACUCCAAGAACUCGACGCUCGGCUUCGCGCUGUCGACGUUUGCCACGGCAACGCCGCUCGCCAGCACCGAUCUCGCGCACUUCCAGAACAUGCUCAACGUGUACGUGGCCACGGAAGCCGGCGUCCGCUCCGUGGGCGGCUCGCUGGCCGUCAAGGUCCCCAAGUUCUUUCUCGAAUUCCAGGUCUCGCGCAUCCAGACGGCCCAGGGCAACGCCCCAACUGACGCCUCCCUGACCGUGCCCCAUCUGCUGACCAAGGUGCUCAAAAACGCGGCCGGCCAGAGCCAGGCCUUCCUGGACGAGGUCACCGCCCUGUCGAAGCAGCUCAGCUAG